AUGGCUACGUUAUCUGCACCCUCGACUCCCAAAGCUGCUGCGGUCGCACCUCCUUCGUCGGAGGGGUCUGGGACGCCGGGCAAAUGGCGGCAUCCCCAGCUCAAUGAGAUUGUCAGGCGUCAGAAUGCCGCGACCUUUGGUGACAAGGACGUGAAGAGGCUGCUGUGGAAUGGAGCUGCCUUGGUGACAACUUGGUUCUUUGGAAACACCUUCAAAACCUACGCACGUCUCAUUUUUGACAACAAGCCCACAUACCACGAGGUUUCACUCCUAUUGCUCCAGCUUUUCUUCGCCUUCAAUAUUUUCCUGGCUCUCUAUCCUCUAUACCGACCGAAGGACGACUUCUCCGAUAUCCCCCUUACCCCCACCCAGCGUGCUCUGUUGGGCAUGAACCCUACCGCUACACCACCUGCCACCCCUGGAACCACAUACCUCACCCCUCCGAGAUACCGAAUGUCCACGUCGCGCAAGGCCAGCCCUUCAAGCCGACAGACGUCUCCUAUGAAUGCGACCCCUACCUUUUCCGAACGACGGGUUUCCUCAGGACCCUCCUUCUCCCCCGCGUCUAGCCCUUUGCUCCACAAGGCGGUCGCAAAUGGAGGCAGAGACAUAACUGGUCGGCGACAGAGCUUUGGGUCCUCGUCACCUCUUGGUCGGAGCAAUUCGUUUGGAGAGUCUACGAUGUCAGCAAGGUUGAAAUCCCCGGUUGAAAGGAAGUUGCAGUGGUUCAAGUUCAAGUUCCGAGUACCUGGGCGCGGCUCGGCGGAUCCUCCCAAAGCUCGUGUUCAGGCCAAGACUCCGCAACAGGAACGAACCGCAACUUCGCUCUCGGCUCUGACAACACGCUUUCUGACCCCUGGGUGUCUACUACAUGACGUUGGAGCUGGCAUCUUCCGCCUCUCCGAGGAGAAGGAGAUCCCCGCUGACGACCCGUACUGGACACGAUUCUGGGAACUCCCUGAAUCCUCUGAGGACAUCUUCAGCUUAUUCACGCCAGCCGACAUCCGACGAACGCGCGACCAUGCCUUAUCCAACUUUGAAACGCUGUUACUGUCGGUCUCGUCGCGACUGAUAGUACUUAAGAACCACCCCUCAUUCCCAGACCCCGACCUAGCUCCCGACCGUGACGUUCUGAAUUGCGUUCGGAUCCUCACCCGACUGCUGCCCUUUGUCUACGAAGCCGAACACCUUGAAGACUGGGAAGAGAAAUUCUUCUGGGCCAGUCGCAGGAAAAAGACCAGACAGGCGCAGAUUGCCGGCGAAAUUCUGUUUGAUGAAGCACAGUCGGAGAGCCCGCGGGACGAGUCGCCUCUAGGGGAGGAGUACGAGGAUGUGAAGCCUCUUGGUGAAGAGCUGAUUGACACUUUGCUCGACCUGCUCUUCUUCGCCGACUUCACUAUUCCAAUACUUCCUACUGCGAAGAGUAAGAUCUCGUACUCGAUUUGGCAGAGUGGUGUUGGUUGCAACACGGCAAUGGGAUCGAACAAGACCUUGGAAAGCAACCGAUGUGAGAUUGUACGCUUGCUGUUGACGAUGACAGGCAAGGCGAUGUACAUGCCAUCCAACACCCUUCCUGUGCAAGGUGUCAGGGCUAUUACGUAUAUCACCACUUGCCAAGACAAGCAGGCCGUCUUGACGCUUCUAUGCUCCCUCCUCAAUACGGCUAUGAAAUAUAACCCCGCCACAUGGAGGGUACCAUACGACCAUGUUGUCUGGAAAGAUCCGAAGCAGAUCCUGGUGAUAUACUGCUUGCAGCUCCUCCUCGUUCUUCUCAUGUAUCCAAUUCCUGAGGAUGGUCGCGGAGCUCCACCAAAGAACUACUACCGCCAUUAUUUCGGAAGGCUUCAUCGGCCCCAGGAUUUCCAAUUCCUUAUGGAUGGUAUGACAAGGAUCUUAAACCAGCCUAUGCAAGCCACGAGCUCCUAUCUCCCUGGAAGUCAAAGAUCGGUGAAAUGGGCACCUGAGAUCCUCAUGCUCUUCUGGGAGACGUUGCAGUGCAACAAACGCUUCCGAUCCUUUAUCAUUGAUUCUAAUCGCUCGCACGAUUUUGUGAUUCUUUGCAUAUUUUACGCGAUGGAGUACAGAAUGGACCCGACCAAGCAGGGUGUGGUCCGGAUGUGCAUUUUUAUUCUUCAAACUAUGAGCGCAGAGCCCAUUUUUGGCAAGAGUCUCAACAUGGCCUUCGAGGCACAGGAAACUUUGCCUCAAUCAAUUCGACUGCUGAAGUUCCGAGGCUCAUAUGCCGACUAUCUGAUCAUGUCGGUUCACACUCUCAUGGCUACCAGCAAGGGAAAUCUUGAUACCGUUUACCCUGCUCUUCUCAUUAUCCUCAACAACAUCGCCCCUUACAUCAAACACCUCUCUCCGAGCGCAUGUUCCAAGAUCAUCCAACUCUUUUCUUCUAUGUCUGCACCCAGCUUCCUGCUGGCAAAUGAGACGAAUCACACGCUUCUUGCCUCGCUGCUCGACUUUGUCAACGCGAUUCUCGAGCAUAACUUCACAGAAAACCCGUACCUUGUUUACGCAAUCUUGAAGUACAAGCAGCGAUUCGAAGCCGUCCGGGCUUUCACUUUGGAGAGUGGCCAGCAGGAGAUUGAACGUCAGAAAGAGAAACGCAAGGCAGGUGACACGCCAGGAGACAUCAUCACCAGCCCAACACUUUCGCACUCGGAAGAGGACCUUCAUGCGCCCUCGGGUGCCCGAUCGUCUUUGACCCGUAUUCCCGAGGAGAACAGCGCGUUUGCGAUUGGCGACGAUGAUUCCGAUGAUUCCGAUGAUCGGGAAGGACCCGAUGGACAGGACACUCCAUAUCAGUCGUCCCCGUCGGCUCAAACCUCUCGUCGGCCCUCUGUUGCAUCCACGGCUGAUGAGAGCAUCUCCCAGGCCCGGGUAAUGUCUGAGAAGGCGCGUGGCAAGAUGCCUGCCGGAAGACCGUCUUUCUCGCGCCAGAAUAGCAUGACCAGUCAAACCAGCAUGUCUGCUUUGUUCACGUCAUCGUCUACUGGCUUCACGCCAACUGUUGCUUGGCUUGAAAACUGGCUUCCGGAGCUUCCUCUGCAUACUAUUCUCACCAUCAUCUCUGCCAUCGCCCCCCACAUUCCCGAGGUAGCGCUUCAGACCACAUCUAGCCCCGAGGCUCGUACUCUGAUUAACAACCUUCCAUCCUUUUCGGAGGAGCCUCAGAUCAAGAGCAUCACGUCGGAACCAACCCCGAUCCGUGCCCAGUCCUUUGAAUGGUCUGCACUAUCUAUGGGUUGGUACGAAUCGCUCCUUUGGGGUUCCAUCUUCUCUAGCGAGAUGGUUGUUGGCUCCGCUGUGGGUGCGACACCAGGCACAGUUGGUGUUUGGAAUGGAACCAACAUCCGACUCUUUAGGGUACAGGAGGCAGCCGCUCAGGGUCCCACCUUGUUGGCACCUAAGGGUGCUGUAGAUGCGGUUGGUAGUAACCUGGUCCAGCGCAUAGGGAACCUCAGUCUUCGAGGUCGCAACUCAAUUUCGCAGCAGGGUGGACAAUCCCCGAGCGUGAGAGAAGUUUAG